AUGCGCGCGCUCAUCCGCGGAGAGGCGGCUGCUGCGGCGGACGCCGGCAGGGGGAACGGGACGGGUGGGGGAAAGGCAGCGCUGGAUGCGCUGAUGGCGGAAGGCGUGGCGGUGAAGGGGAAGGCGGGCGGCGCAAUGGGCGCACAGAGCGCAAUGGCGCAACUGGUGGCGGGGGAGGGGGAGGGGAAUGGGACCGGCGCAGGGGGAAGGUUCGGGGGAAGCGGGGGGGAGGAGCUGCGGGCGUGGCGGAGAGAGUGGCUGAAGGAGGGGCGUGCGCGGCGCAGGAGGGGGGAUGCCGCGCGGAGAAGGGGCGAGGGGGGACAGCAAUGGCGGGGAUGGGCGGGAUAUGGCCCGGAAAAUAAGCCCCCCCCACGAGUGGCCAUCUGUCUGGUGGGCGGAGCGCGGGAAUUUCAUUUGACGGCCGCCACACUGCAGCGCCAUCUACUCCCCGCCUACCCCUCCGCGCACGUCUUCCUGCUCGCCCCUCUCGACCACUCUGCACACCGCCUCUCCCUCCUCGCCUGGCCCCACCUGGGCGCCGCGCGCUUGGGGGAACUGGGGGGAAGCGCGGGGGGAGCGGGGGAAGGGGUGGGGGGAGGGGGUGGGCGGCGGGGGGGAGAUUUUCCGGGGUACUCCCUGGUGCAGGUGAGUGUGCUGCCGGAUGUGCCGGUGAAUGAGACAAAAAUCACCGACCGGCUGCUGGAGGUGGUGGAGGGUAGUGAAGCACAGACGCGGCAGGGGCUGAUGCAGCAGUUUAAAGCCGUGGAGCUCUGCGUUACCGCCAUCACGCGUUACGAGAAGACCCACGCGAUCCGAUACGAUUGGAUUCUGCGGACCCGCGUGGAUGGGUACUGGAUGGGCCCCCCGCCGCCCCUGGCGGUGCUGGAUCCGAUUGCGUACACGAUUCCGGGCGGCAGCGACUGGGGCGGGCUGAACGACCGGCUGGGGAUGGGCGGCAGGAAGGCGAGCUGGAAGGCGCUGCGACGGCUGAGCGUGCUAAGGCCGCUGGUGGAGCAAGGGGGGUACAGCGAGCUGAACGCGGAAAGAGUUUACCUGGCGCAAAUGGCGUUCCUGCAGGUGCAGGUGGCCCGCUACGACUUCCCCUUCUGCAUCCUCAGCCGCAAGAAGGGUCUCCCCGCCUUCCCCGUGGCCGCCGCCCUCUCCUCCACGGCCGCCGCCCUCAACGGAGCCAAGUGCCGCCCCUGCCGCCCCACCGUGGUCGGCGGGCAGGCCGCAAAAUACAUCCUCGCGCUGCCCGAGAGAAUCUUCGGCGCGCAGCCCCACGGGAUCGACCUGUGCCGGGCAGAGGACGACUGGGCGGCAGACUGGCGGGAAAUCUUUGAUAAAGACGCGGGAGAAGUCCCAGCCGCCGCCCGGCAAUACAUGGAGACCCGAACCUUUGAUGAGUGUGUGGAAGAUUGGCGGUACUUCCACCAGCAGGUCCCUGUCUGGAACGCACCUCCCCCAGUUUCCAUCUGCGUGCGCGGGCUUCUGGGAAAGUUCCACAAGAUGGGGUACCCGGGGGGGGAUUUCCCUGUGUUUCUAGACCCGUGGGUGGGGGCGCGGGGGGAGGCGCGGGGGAGGAAGCCGGUGGUGUAUUCGGCAGUGGCUGGGGUGGAUUAUAGCUUUGACUGGGCGCUGAUGCGCAAGCUGCGGUGCCGCGUGCACGCGUUUGACAGCACGCCCGAGGGCAUGCGGUGGAUUGGGGAUAAGAUUGACAACCUGCCUCCCGCCUCGUGGGUGCACCACGCGUGGCUGCUGGCGCCACACGACCGCCCCCUGCAGGUGUACCCGCUGGACAUUGAGGAGCACCCGGUGGAAUACGCCGUGGCGCUGCCGCCCCACCUGGACGCGCCGUCGCUGCCGCCGCCCAUCCACGUGGAGGCGAUGACGGUGGAAGGCACCAUGAAGCUUCUCAACCACUCCAUUGUUGACAUCAUGAGGAUCGGCGGGCACAUGUCGCUGCAUGAAGCCAUCUUCAACGCGUGGAUCCAGGCAAAACGCGCUCCGCCCGUCUGCCAGAUCAUUGUGUCGUUCCACCAUGGGGACAAGCACUAUGGGAGUGCAGAGACGCAGCAAGAACUACUGGCCUUGCGCUCGUUAGGGCUUGAGCUAGGCGUGUGCAUAAGAAAGGAUAGCUUGUAUGAGAGUUGUGUGCUGUUCUCGGUAUACCAUUGCAAGUACGAUAUUACAUAA